CGCCCAUUUUCCUCGGGUCUCGAAUUUCUUCUCCUCUCCUCUUACCUUCUUCUUCAUUUUAGAUCGAAAGUUUAACUCGUAGAACCAUGGAGCCACGGACCCACACUGCUCCGUUAGCCUUUUUCCCAUCAUCAUCUCCGUCCCUGGCCGCUUUCCGGCGGUUGGCGCAGCCGCUAUAUAAAGACCCAGGAAUCAGUUUUUCUCGUCGCUAAAGAAGCCACGGCCUUCAAUCUCGCUUCGUCUUCUCGCUUUCUCUUCGCGGGAUUUCUAUUCUACUCGCUCUUUCUUUUCUUGUUAUUCUUCUUUUUCUCCUUCUCUUCUUCGUCUCAUCGUCUUAUCCUCUUCAUUGCCGUGUAUGUAUUUUUUUUCUGGCAAUAGGCGAGGCAUCUGCUGCCUAGCUGCGCGGGACAUCCGAGAAAGAGAAGAAAAAGAGAAGGAAUGAUCUCCGCGUGAUCUUCAAACCCUAGGUUUUCGGUUGGUGGUAUUCUUCUUCUUGGAGUCUGUGGUGAUUCUUGGACGAGGAUUUUACUGCAUUAUCAAGUGGGAACAUGGCUUUUCUAAACAGUGAGGCAAGAUUGAUGUCUGAGAUUAUUCCUCAGCACCAGAGUUACUCAAAGUACACCAAAAAGGAGAAGCUUCACCACAAGAAGAUUCUGCAAGAAUUUUCCAAAGAACUCGAAAAAUUGAAGACACUCUUUGGUAGAAAUAAUAAUCUGACUGGCAAUCAGCUUGCAAGGAGGUCUAAGAAUCAUAAAGAUGAUUCCAAUUUGACAUCUCAAAGACGGAUCGAGAACAAUGAGGAGAAGGUUACAUAUUGCAGGUCAAUCAGAACAUGUAAUAGUUUUGACAGCAAUGCAUUCAUGGGUAAUAUCAACUUGGAAUCUGGGAGCGCAGUAGAUGCAAACAGUACUUGCACACCUUUGCAUGUCUCCUUUCCCAUGGCUCUUGCAGCAGUGAGAGAUCAUGAUACCACUUUACAUGCUGUCGGGCAGUACUCUCCUUCUCCUGCUGUUUCUUGGAUAGAAGAUCUACCACUUGUUGGCCAAGUUUCUCAUGUCACCUUUCCUGAAACAACAAAUGAGCACUUGGUCCCUCUAUGUGGAGAGUCUUCAACAUCGACUGGUAUUCACAACAUGCAUAUAUCGGUGAGAUUGAUGGGAGAAUUUAUGGAACUUGCUAAAGACAAUACAGACAAGAACUUAGAGACUUGUGGGAUCCUUGGUGCUUUCCUUAAGGAUCGGACUUUUUAUGUAACCACACUAAUAAUACCAAAGCAGGAAUCAACUUCCGGUUCAUGUCAGGCAUUAAAUGAGGAGGAGAUACAUGCCAUAUUGGAUGAACAAUCCCUCUUGCCUGCAGGAUGGAUUCAUACGCAUCCUUCUCAAACUUGCUUCCUGUCAUCGAUCGAUGUGCAUACUCAAUACUCUUACCAGGUCAUGCUACCAGAGGCUGUUGCUAUUGUUAUGGCUCCAACAGAUCCUGCAAGGACUUUUGGUAUUUUCCGGCUAACUGACCCGGGAGGGAUUACUGUCAUAAAAGGAUGCGGGGAAAGGGGGUUCCACCCUCAUCCAGAAACUGCUGAUAGCGGUCCCAUUUAUGAGAACUGCUCCCAUGUUUACAUCAAUCCAAAUUUGAGGUUUGAGAUUAUUGAUCUCCGAUCUCCUUCCCCAUGACGGAUGUUAUAUGCCAUUAACACGUGGAUGUAUAGUUGUAUAUUUUUAAAUUGACUUGUAUCACAAGGUGUUUCCACAAGGUUUCAUUUCACGAGGUGAUGAAGACAUGUGAGAGUCCAGUCCAGAUUUCUUGCUCGUAUACCUGACAAUAAAUACAGAAAGCCACAUCUGCAUGUAUGUUCUAAAGUACGCAUUGUAGGCUGGUAGUGUAUAGUGUGUAAAUAGAGUAGAUCAUCUUGUUUGCUAUUGCAAAGAUGGCCUUGCAAAUUGGCGACACCUGCAGCCGGUUCUCACAUUUUGAUUCUGUGGAUAAUUGUUUUUUUGCAUAAA